GGGGAUACACCAAUCGUGCAAGUUCCGCCUAUCUAGACUAGGAUAUAUAUGAACGCUCCCGUGUGCGGGGAAAGCUUAAUUCUGCCUUGCGGCUAUCUAGUCUGUGUGCGUUCUGCAAUAUACGGUAUCUUACCCGCGAGAUGGGAUUGAGGCGGCGGGUGCAGAGAUAAGGAAAGGAGGGCGUGGGAUGUUGUUGUGUCUUUCUUGAUAAGUGCUUCUCUGGGUCCGUUCUUUUGUUUGUUUGGGUAGAGUUGUUGUUUUCCGUCGUUUUUUUUUUGGUUUUUUUUUGAAAGAGUUAGACUGGAGCUCUAGAACGUCUUCAAUCAUGUUCUCACCCAUCCUCUUCCUCGUUCUACCGAUCCUCGCGGCUGGCUUCGCCAUACCUAACCAGAAACCGUCUUAUACUCUUCAUUUAACACGUAUCCCUAGCACCAACAAAACGGCUUCUCACUCUCUCCGCCAAGCUAUCCGUUCUUUCUCACCUACCUCCUCUUCCACCACUCCCAGCCUCAGCAACAUCACCUCUGCCGAACUGGGACAAGACUUCCUCGCCAACAUCACCUUCGGAAGCACCACCCGCAUCGCCAUAAUCGACACAGGUUCCUCCGACACCUGGCUCGUCCAACAAAACUUCACCUGCGUAGACUACACCACCAACCUAACCAUCUCCCCCACAGAAUGCCACUUCGGACUCCCCAUGCCUCGCUCUCCCACCUUCUCCCCGCUCCCCAACACCAACUUCAACAUCUCCUACGCCGACGGCGAAUACCUCAACGGCCAAGUCGGGCUCGAAACCAUCACCUUCGCCGGCAUCACGGUGCCCAAGCAGGAGAUCGCCCUCGCGUACCUGGCUGGCUGGUUCGGGGACUCGUAA